AUGUCAUCACUGGGUCAUCAGGCGGUGAUUAUGAACAACGUCCGAGGCGAUUUCAACUACGACUUUUCAAACGUUAGUCCAGUCCAAUUACUAGCGAAGAUUUACUACGAAUGCGAUCAGAACUUGGCUGGACCGGCAAAUAUGCGCUGCCAUCAAAUAGCCAAAGACAACUUGAUGUUGAUUUACUCGGAUUUACAAGCUGGCAGAGGAGCAUACUACAUUUGUCAACAACUGAAUUUAUGUUGA